AUGCUCCGCCGCCCUCCGCUGCCGUUACCGGCCGAUGCUCGUCGCCGCCGUGUUCCGCUGAGUCCGCCGCGGCCGUUAUCUGCAAAGCCAGCCGCCGUCGUGUUCUGUCGAGUCCGCCGCCGCCGUCCAAGCUCUCCAGCACAACAGCAGUCGUCGGAGAUCGCCGUGGACCUCCACCAAGAUCCGNACAGACGCCGGGACACACACAAGGCGGCUCACACACGCACACUGCGGCUCACACCCUAUAAUCCGACACACACGUCGACGCUCGCCGGUUACCGUUCACCGCCAACGCUCGCAACUGCGGAUUUCCACCUCCCAAAAAACCUUCGUCGUCACCGCUCGAAGCCGUCCGGACGUCGUGGUGCUAUAAUUAUCCUCAUCCGCCAGUCUCCGCCGCAUAUCCGUUCUGCUCUGUGCGACUCGACGGCGUUGCCUCCGCCGCGCGAGUUGAUUUUCUUGGAAAUCUGGGGACGAGCUCGACCGGAAUUGCACUUUACCAUCGAACAUAACUGCAUGAGACAUUUUGAGGAUUUACUGAGAUCGUGCAGUUUAGAAACUCCUGGAGUGAGCUUAGAGAAAAAUAAAUCUUCACAUGCAAAGUGA